AAAAUUAAUGGGCUUCAUCAAUAUAGAAGAAGAAAGAGAAGUGGACGAACCAGAGACUCUCUAAUGGCUUCCUCCUCCAUCGCUUUUUCUCCCACUCCGUCUUUCUGCCGCAAAUUCAACGGUAACUUUUACAGACAUACUUCUCGCCAUCCUCGUCGUCCUCUCCUUAUCGUCUCGAAACAUCAACAGAAUGACAGCAAAUCUACCUUAACAACGACCAGCAGCCGCAGGGAAGUGAUUCUAAAGACAAGCGAGAUUGCAAUGUUUAUAGCCAUUCUUAAUUUCAGUGGAAAAAAACCAAAUUAUCUUGGAAUACAGAAGAACCCACCUGGACUUGCCCUAUGUCCAGCUACUCAGAAUUGUGUAUCAACUUCUGAGAACAUCACUGACCUAAACCACUAUGCUCCACCCUGGAAUUAUAACCCUGAUGGUAAACGUGGGAAUAUAACCAGAGAAAAGGCAAUAGAAGAGCUGCUUCAAGUGAUCAAAUCAACAAAGGUGGACAAGUCCAAUCCAAGGAUCAUAGAGAAGAAAGACGAUUAUUUGUAUGUUGAAUACUCAAGCCCUAUCUUGAAGUUGGUUGAUGAUGUUGAGUUUUGGUUUCCACCUGGUAAGAAGCCGAUAGUACAAUACAGAUCAGCUUCUCGUGUGGGCAGUUUUGAUUUUGAUGCCAACAAAAAGAGGAUUAAGGCAUUGCGUUUACAGUUGGAGAAGAAGGGUUGGGCUUCCGAAAACAGCUUCUAAGAAAGUAUAUAGAUUCUUUAAUUAAAUAAGAUAGAGGAUAAUAACAACCUUCUUUCCUU